GCGAGGGACAGAGAGUGCGCAGGCGUGAAGCAACAGCUGCCGCAUAGCCCGGGGCCGCACAGCCCGGGGCACGUCCGCAGGAGCCGGCACGGGUGUCAAGGGUCCGAGGAGGGGGGCUGCCGGCCCCGGACGUGAGGAGGACCAUGGAGGACCCGGGCCCGAGGCUCGAGGGGAGAGGGGAGUCCCCGAAGGAAGGGAGGCGGCGGCGGAGACGGAGGAGGGACAAGGAGCCGCUGGUGCCCCUCCACCUUCAGGCUUCGAUGACGUUCCAGGACGUGGCCGUGGACUUCAGCCGGGAGGAGUGGAAAUGCCUGGACGAUGCUCAGAAGGCCUUGUACCGGGACGUGAUGCUGGAGAACUACGAGAACCUGGUCUCCCUGGGUUUCCCUGUUUCCAAGAUGGAUGUGAUCUCCCUGCUGGAAAGAAGAGACACCCCUCGGAGGUCGAGGGAGCGCAGCCACAGAGAGCCCCGAGCAGAUUCCAUUAAUCAAGAGCUCAGAUUUGGAACCAAGAUAACAGAUCAGAUGCGGGACUUUUGUAUGAAGACAUCAUCCAAGGAAAAACAACCAAAGGUUCUUCCUUUGCAUUCCAAGAUGACAGAUGCUGGCAAAUGUGAUGUUAAUUUAGAGAAACAGAAGGGAAACCCAAAGAGACAAUGCAGACAAAUAACAAUCACUCCCAGAAAAACUGUUAGUAAAGGGAGGGCACCCAGCAAAAAUUUUAGCUUGGGGUCAGUUCCACUGUGGAAAAGGAAAAGUCUCAGAAAAUAUGAGACACGUAGAACAAGUGUUGGGCAUUUUUCAGGUCUAGAUAUAAAGAAGAACCUUUCUAAGUAUAACAAAUGUAGGAAGCCUUUCAGUUACCACUCAGACCUAAUUAAAUUCCAUAGACUACAUGGUCGAGCAAAAUUUCAUGAAAAUAAUGAAUGUAGAAGAGCCUCUGAGAGACAAUCAAAUCUUGCUAAAAAAUUGGGCAUUCUUACAAGACAGAAAUAUUACAGACGUAACAAAUAUUGGAAAGUCUUUAACCGGAGGGGAGAACUAAUUUAUCAGAGAAUUCCUCCUGGAGUAAAAUUCUUUGAGUGUAAUGUGUGUGGGAGUGCUUUUAAAGACAAAAAAAUGCUCCAAAAACAUGAAAAAAUUCAUACUGAAAAGAAACAUUUUGAAUGUAAUAAAUGUAGGAAAAGCUUCAGCCGAAAAGAAAAUCUUAUUACUCAUAAGAGAACUCAUACUGAAGUGAAAUCCUUUGAAUGUGAUGACUGUGGGAAAAGUUUCACACGAAAGGUACAUCUUGUUAGACAUCAAAAAAUUCAUACUCGAGUGAAAUCAUUUGAAUGUAAAGAAUGUGGGAAAAUCUUUGGUGAAAGGGGACACCUCAGUGUCCAUGAAAGAACUCAUACUGGAGAGAAACCUUUCCUGUGUAGGGAAUGUGGGAAAACCUUCAGUGAGAGUAAAGCUCUUAAAAGCCAUGAGAAAACUCAUAGUGGAGAGAAACCCUUUGAAUGUGAUAUAUGUAGGAAAGCCUUCAGUCAGAAGGGACACCUGAUUUCUCAUCAGAGAACUCAUACUACAGCAAGACCUUUUGAAUGUAAUGUAUGUGGGAAAUCCUUCAGUCAGAAGGGACACUUGGUUUCUCAUCAAAAAACUCAUAAAUGUAAUGAAUGUGGGGAAAUCUUUAGUGAUAGUAAUGUACUCAAAGACCAUCAGAGAACUCAUGCUGCAGAGUUCUAUGCAUGUGAUAAAUGUGGGAAAGGCUUCAUACAGAAAUCAUACCUUGUUAAACAUCAGAGAACUCACAAUGAAGAGAAACGAUUUGAAUGUAAUGAGUGUGGGAAAGUCUUUCGUACAAAGGAACACCUUGACACACAUCAGAAAACUCAUACAGGUGAGGAAACUUUUAACUGUAGGGAUUGUGGGAGAGGCUUCAGCCAGAGGGAAAAUCUUGUCAAACAUCAGUCAACUCAUACUGGGGAGAAACCGUUUGAAUGUAAUGUUUGUAAGAAAUCCUUCAGGCAGAGAGCACACCUGGUAUCUCAUCAGAGAAUUCAUACUGGAGAGAAACCCUUUGAAUGUAAUGAGUGUGGGAAAGCCUUUAGUGAGAAGCGAACCCUUACUAGACAUAAGAAAACCCAUUCUGGAGUGAAACCUUUUACAUGUAAUGAAUGUAAGAAAACCUUCAGUCGAAGGACAGGCCUUAUUAUCCAUCAGAAAAUUCAUACUGAAGAGAAAGGUUUUGAAUGUAAUGUAUGUAGGAAAUCGUUCAGUCAGAGGAGACAUCUACUUUCUCAUCAGAGAUCUCAUGCUAGAGAAAAAUCUUUUGAAUGCAUUGAAUGUGGGCAAACCUUUGAUAAGAAAGAGAUACUGGAAAGUCACCAGAAAAUUCAUGCUGAAAAGAAACCCUUUACAUGUGAUGAAUGUGGGAAAGGUUUCAUGAGGAAGGCAUACCUUGUUAGACAUCAGAGAACUCACAUCAGAGAGACACUCUUCAAGUGUAGUGAAUGUGGGAAAGCCUUUGGCCAGAAGGUACAACUAAUUUAUCAUCAGAAAGUUCAUGCUAACACAAAAAAAUUUGAAUGUAGUGAGUGUAAGAAAGUCUUUGGUGACAAGGUACUCCUUAGUAGACAUGAGAAAACUCAUUCUGGUGUGAAACCUUUUAAAUGUAAUGAAUGUAAGAGAGCCUUCAGCCAAAGGACAAGCCUCAUUAUCCAUCAGAGAUCUCAUUCUGGAGAGAAACCUUUUCCAUGCAAUGUAUGUGGGAAAUUUUUCACCCAAAAGACAGUCCUCAUUUCUCAUCAGAAAAUUCAUUCUGGUGAGAAACCCUUUACGUGCAAUGAAUGUGGGAAAGGUUUCAUCCAAAAGCUAGUUCUUAUUAGCCAUCAGAAAACUCAUACUGCAGAAAAACCUUUGACUUGUAUUGAAAAAAUGAUUUGUACUGAAAAAAUAGUGACUUGUACUGAGAAAGUGACUAGUACUGAGAAAGUGACCAGUACUGAAAAUGUGACCAGUUCUGAAAAGGUGACCAGUACUGAAAAAGUGACCAGUACUGAAAAAGUGACCAGUACUGAAAAAGUGAAUAGUACUGAAAAAGUGGAAACCUCCAGUAAUAGUAAAAUGCCCCAAAGCCAACCCAAAACUAAUUCUGGAGAGAAGCGAUUUUGUUGUGGUGAAUGUGGGAAAGGUUUUUGCUGGAGAGCAAACCUUAUUCGACACCGGAAAAUUCACACUGGGGAGAAACCCUUUGAAUGUAACGAAUGUGGGAAAGCCUUCAUUGAGAAAAAUUAUCUCGUUGCCCAUCAGAGAAUUCAUACUGGAGAGAAACCCUUUGAAUGUAAUGAAUGUGGGAAAGCCUUCAGUCGAAGAACAAACCUUAUUACCCAUCAGAGAAUUCAUACUAAAGAGAAACCUUUCCCAUGUAAUGAGUGUGGAAAAGCCUUCAGUAGGGGUAAAGCCCUCAAAAAGCAUCAGAGAAUUCAUACUGGAGAGAAAUUUUUUGAAUGUAAUGUAUGUAAGAAGGGCUUCACUCAUCGGGGCCACCUGGUUUCUCAUCAGAGAACUCAUAAGAAAGAGAACCCUUUCUCAUGUGAUGAAUGUGGGAAAGUCUUUAGUCGAAGGACGGUUCUUGUUAGACAUCAGAAAACUCAUUCUGGAGAGAAACCUUUCUCUUGUAGUGAAUGUGGCAAAGCUUUUGGUGAAAGUGAAACCCUCAAAAGGCAUUGGAGAGUUCAUACUGGAGAGAAGCCCUUUGAAUGUAACGUAUGUAAGAAAGCUUUUAGUCAGAAGGGACACCUGCUUUCCCAUCAGAGAACUCAUUCUGCAGUGAAACUUCUUGAACAUAGUGAAAAUGGAAAAACCUUUCAUAAGAAGGAUAAUCUUAAUACCCUUCAGAGAACUCAUAUUGGAGAAAAACCUUUCGCGUGUAUUAAAUGUAGGGAAGCCUUCAGUGAUAUUAAAGAAUUCAAAAAGCAUCAGAAAAUUCAUACUGAAGAGAAACCUUUUGAAUGUAAUAUUUGUAAGAAAGCCUUUAGCCAGAAGGAACACCUGAUUUCUCAUCAAAAAACUCAUACUGCUGUGAAACUCCUUGAACAUAAUGAAGGUGGGAAGACCAGUGAGAAGGAUCGUUUUACUACUCAGCAGAGAACCUUUACUGGGGGAAAACCUUUUGCAUGUACUGAAUGUGGGGAAACCUUCAGUGACAGUAAAGAGUUCAAAAAACAUCAGAGAACUCAUAGUGGAGAUAAGUCUUUCACACAUCGUGAAGGAAGGGAAGCCUUCAGCGAGCGUAAAGACCUCAGAAAACAGCAGAGAACUCAUAGUGGAGACAGAUUUUUCACGUGCCUUGAAUGUGGAGAAGACUUCAGUGACAAUGAAGCCCUCAAAAAGCAUCAGGAUAUUCAUAUUGAAGAGAAAUCCUUUGAAUGUAUUGUGUGUAAGAAAACCUUUAGUCAGAAGGAGCACCUCAUUGUUCAUCAAAAAAUUCAUACCUCGGUGAAACUUCUUGAACGGAAUGAGGGUGAGAAAACCUUCAGUGAGAAGGAUCAUCUUAGAGCGCAAACUGGGAGAAAACCUUUCACACAUUGUGAAUGGGGGGAAGCUGUCACCGAGAGUAAAGACCUCCAAAAACACCAGAAAACUCAAAGCGAAGACAAAUCUUGCACUUGCCACGAAUGUGGGAAAGCCUUCAAUGACAUUGAGGCCCUCAGGAAGCAUCAGAAAAUCCAUACUGGAGAAAAGCCUUUUGAAUGUAAUGUAUGUAAGGCAGCCUUUAGCCACAAGGAACACCUGAUUUCUCAUCAAAAAACUCAUACCUCAGUGAAACUCUUUGAAUGUAAUGACUGUGAGAAAACUUUCAGUGAGAAGGAUCAUCUUAUUACCCAUCAGAGAACCCAUCCUGGGAGAAAAUCUUUCAUAUGUAUUGAAUGUGGGGAAACCUUCAGUGAAAAUGAAGCCCUCAAAAAGCAUCAAACAACUCAUUCUGGAGAGACACGCUUUGAAUGUAAUGUGUGUAAGAAAGCCUUUAGCCAGAAGGAAUACCUGAUUUCUCACCAAAAAACUCAUACUUCAGUGAAACUCUUUGAACGGAAAGAGAGUGAGAAAACUUUCAGUGAGAAGGAUACCCUUAGUACCCAUCAGAAAGCCCCCACUGGGGGGAAACCUUUCACAGGUAUUGAAUGUGGAAAAACUUUCAAUGAGAGUGAGACCCUCAAAAAGCAUCAAACCACUCAUUCUGGAGAGACACGCUUUGAAUGUAAUGUGUGUAAGAAAGCCUUUAGCCAGAAGGAACACCUGAUUUCUCACCAAAAAACUCAUACUUCAGUGAAACUCUUUGAACGUAAAGAGAGUGAGAAAACUUUCAGUGAGAAGGACUCCCUUAGUACCCAUCAGAAAGCCCCCACUGGGGGGAAACCUUUCACAGGUAUUGAAUGUGGAAAAACUUUCAAUGAGAGUGAGACCCUCAAAAAGCAUCAAACCACUCAUUUGGAAGAGACACGCUUUGAAUGUAAUGUGUGUAAGAAAGCUUUUAGCCAGAAGGAACACCUGAUUUCUCACCAAAAAACUCAUACUUCAGUGAAACUCUUUGAACGUAAAGAGAGUGAGAAAACUUUCAGUGAGAAGGAUCCCCUUAGUACCCAUCAGAGAAUCCAUACGGGAGGAAAACCUUUCACAUGUAUUGAAUGUGGAAAAACCUUCAAUGAGAGUGAGACCCUCAAAAAGCAUCAAACAACUCAUUCUGGAGAGACACGCUUUGAAUGUAAUGUGUGUAAGAAAGCCUUUAGCCAGAAGGAAUACUUGAUUUCUCAUCAAAAAACUCAUACUUCAGUGAAACUCUUUGAACGUAAAGAGAGUGAGAAAACUUUUAGUGAGAAGGAUCCUCUUAGUACCCAUCAGAAAGCCCCCACUGGGGGAAAACCUUUCACGUGUAUUGAAUGUGGGGAAGCUUUCAGUGAGAGUCAAGACCUCAAAAAACAUCAGACAACUCAUACUGGAGAUAAAUCUUUCACAUGUAAUGAAUGUGGGAAAGCCUUCGGUGACAGUGAGGCGCUCAAAACACAUCAAAAAAUUCAUACUGGAGACAAACCCUUUGAAUGUAAUGUAUGUAAAAAAGCCUUUAGUCAGCAGGAACACCUGAUUGUUCAUAAAAAAACUCAUGCUUCAGCGAAAUUCUUUGAAUGUAUUCAGUGUGAGAAAACAUUCAGUGAGAGGGAUCAUCUUAUUAUACAUCAGAAAAUCCAUGCUGGGAGAAAACUUUUCACCCGUCGUGAAUGGGGGGAAGCCUUCAGCGAGCGUAAAGACUUCAAAAAACAUCAGAGACCUCAUAGUGGAAAGAAAUCUUUCAUAUGCCAUGAAUGUGGAAAAACCUUCAAUGAGAGUGAAGCCCUCAAAAAGCACCAGAAAAUUCAUAUUGGAGAGACACGCUUUGAAUGUAAUGUGUGUAAGAAAGCCUUUAGUCAGAAGGAGCUCCUGAUUUCUCAUCAGAAAACUCAUACCUCAGUGAAACUCUUUGAAUGUAAUGAAUGUGGGAAAACUUUCAAUGAGAAGGAUAGUCUUACUACUCAUAAGAGAACUCAUAGUGGAGAGAAAUCUUUCACUUGUAAUGAAUGUGGAAAAGCUUUCAGUGAGAGUGAAGCCCUCAAAAAGCAUCAGAAAAUUCAUACUGGAGAGAAAUCCUUUGGCUGUAAUCAAUGCGGGAAGGCCUUUGGUGAGAAAGAGCACCUUAUUACACACCAGAAAACCCAUACAGGAGAGAAAGCCUUUGAGUGUGGUGAAUGUGGAAAAAGCUUUAGCCGGAGAGAAAACCUUGUUAGACAUCAGAUAAUUCACACUGGGGAGAAAUCUUUUGAACGUAAUAAAUAUAGGAAAUCUUUCAGCCAGAGGAUGCACUUCAUUUAUCAUCAGGGAAUUCAUGCUGGAAAGAAACCUUUUGAAUGUAGUGAGUGUGGUAAAGCCUUUAGUGAAAAGCGAACCCUUAAUAGACAUCAGAAAACUCAUACGGGAGUGAAACCCUUUAAAUGUAAUGAAUGUAAGAAAUCCUUCAGUCGCAGGACAAUCCUUAUUAUCCAUCAGAGAACUCAUACUGGAGUAAAACCUUUUAUGUGUAAUGAAUGUGGCAAAGCCUUCAGCCAAACAGGACAUGUCAUCCGACACCAGAGAACUCAUACUGGAAUGAAACCAUUUGAAUGCAAUGAAUGUGGCAAAUCCUUCAGCGAGAAGGAUCAUCUUAUUACCCACCAGAGAUCUCAUACUGGAGAGAAACCCUUUGCAUGUAAUGAAUGUGGGAAAGCCUUUAGCCGAAGGACAAUCCUUAUUACCCAUCAGAGAACACAUACUGGAGUGAAACCCUUCGAAUGUAAUGAAUGUAGGAAAGCUUUCAGCCAGCGGGGACACCUUAUUUAUCACCAGAGAAUUCAUACUGGAGAGAAGCCUUUUGAAUGUAAUGAAUGUGGAAAAGCCUUCAGCUGGAGAGCAAACUUGCUUACUCAUCGGAGAACUCAUACCGAAGCCAAACCCUUUGCGUGUAAAGAAUGUGGGAAAACUUUCAUUGAGAGGCAAACCCUUUUUAGACAUAAGAGAACUCAUGCUUCGCCAAAGUCCUGUUCGGUGUAAUGAAUGCGGAUAGGCUUUCGGUGAGAGGCAGACCAUCAUCAGACAGAAGAGAAAGAAUACGGAAUUGAUAGCCUUUGAUUUUUCAUUAAUAUGGGAAAGUCUUUAGUGAGAAUAAAGUACUAAAAAGCCACCAAAGAUGUCAGACUGGAGAGAAAGGGUACUGUUCCAGGGAGAAUAACUGGGUUGUUAGAACACUUGACAAGAUGGUCUGGUUGAAAGCUAGAUAUUAUCCUAUAUGUGUACACACACACACACGCAUAUAUAUAUAUAAAAACAUAUACAUGUAUGUGUAGGAUGAUAUAGGAUAUAUAUACUAUACAUAUGUAACCCCAGUGCAAUUUGCACUCAUUCACCAAUCAUGACUCUUAUCUGCUUUUUCUGCCCCCACUUCCAAUUUGUUUCCAUCUGCCUUUCGACACCAAACUGGAUGUCCAGUAGACAUCUUAAACUAACUAUCUCCAACCUACAACUCAUGUUUUUCUCUAAACCUUUCUCCCUCCUACUUUCCCUAUUUGCAUCCACCAAUCUCUCCGGCUCAUAACCCAGGAGUCACCUUGAACUCACUCUUUCACGUGUCCUCCUCCCUGCCCCCAGUAUCCCAAUCUAUUGCCAAAAUCUGUGGAUUUUACUUCUGCCACAUCUCAUUUGUGCCCACUUCUCUCUGACACUGCGCCACCAUGGUACUGCAGACCCUCAUCACCUCAGACCUGGACUAUCAAUAACCUGCUGGUAGAUCUGACUUCAUUAAGAUCUACCCUUCCUUCAGUGAUUUUCCCAAAGUGAAGGUCUGCCCACGUCACUCCUCUAUUCCAAAAACUCCAGCGGCACCUGUUGCCCCUAUGAUCAGAUACAAAAUGCCCUGUUUGGCAUUCAAGCCCUUCCUCACCCAGCCCCUUGUACUUUUUUAGUCUUAAACUCACUCACCACCAUGUCCUCGCUGAUCCGGUGACCCUGCUCUCAUGGCUGUUCCAUGAACAAGACCCAGCCAUCUUUGAUCAUUUCCAACUACUGACUUUCCUGGUUUCCUUUAGUCCCAACUAAAAUUCGGUCUUUUCCAGGAAGCCUUUCCCAAAUCCUCUUAAUUCUAGUGCCUUCCCCUUGUUAUUGCCUCCUCAUCCUGUACAUAGCUUACUUUGUACAUAUUUGUAUGUUAUUUCCCCGAUUAGGUCCUCAGUUCUUGCGAGCAAGGACCGUCCUUUGGCUUUUUUUUUUUUUUUUCUUUUUAUGCUUUGAACCUGGCACACAGUAGGUGAUAAAUGUUUAUCAGUUGACAAAGAAAACACAACAGAACCCCCAAGGAGGAGUUCAAAAGAUGAGUAAAUCAACUCCCUCUAGGCCUGGGGUCCUGGUUUCUGGACGUUUUGCUCAUGGGAUGCCCUUGCAGAUAGGGGCAAAAGGGCAGCAACAGGCCUGUGGCAAGGUGGACAGCUGUGUGACUGGAUGGGAUGGAUGGUAUCUUCACAUCCCCAGAUACCAUUAGGGACAGUAGAAUUCCACAAAUCAGUGGAGCAAAUGUGACUGAGUCAGGAUUUGAUUUCUCGAUCAUUUUCCCCAAACUACUGCAAUCAUUUCUGUUUACUUAAGGGUAAAUUUACCCAUGUUUUCUUUCAUUUUAUUUUUUAUUCUAUGUAACAACAAAAAGAAGAAACCAAGAAUAAAAUCCAUGUAGAACAGUAAGUUUUAUUUAUAGUUAAAACAAAUGUGUAUAUUUUCACAUGACCAAAAAAGGUCUCUGCUUCCGUUGCCACUGCGCUUCAGCUGCUUUUUCCCUUUGCCCCUGUGAACUUCCAUUUGAGGAAGGGCCUAGAGCCAUCUUUUGUUCUCUGAACUUUAUCACCAGGUUUGCUCUCUACCUUUUCAGUUUCCUUUUAUGUGUUGUCUUAUUAGAAUGUAAACUCCUUGAGGGCAUGAACUGCCUUUUUGCUUCUCUUUGUAUCCCCAGUACUUAGCACAGUGCCUGAUACAUUGUAAGUGUGCUUAAUGCCUAUUGACUUGGAUAUUUUCUUUAUAUUUAUAUGGAUGUGAUAUUGUUGUUUCUUAUAUAAUCAUCCUCAGUGGGUAUAUUGUUCUUAGUCUUUACUCUUCACUUUGUAUUAUUUCAUACAAUUUUUUUUUCUUCGGAAUUAUCAGAUGAGAUGAUAGUGGAUUUUACGAAUACCUGAUUUCAGAUCUGACUGCAGAUGCUUUUUAGCUGUGUUACCCUGGGUGGGUCAUUUGGUUUCAGCUUCCUCAGCUAUAAAAUGGGGAUAAUAAUAGUACCUACUUCCCAGGGUUGUCAUGAGGAUCAAAUGAGAUAUUUGUAAGUUGCUUGACAGAGUGCCUGAUGCAUGUAACCUGGCACUGUGUAAAUGCGAACUUCUGUCAUCGUCAUCUUCAUUAUUAGAUAUGUCAUAUCUUAGGACACAUCAUUAUUAUGUUAUUUUUAUAAAAAUGUGUUUACUCAUUUCCCUCAAAGAAAAUGAAGGGGGAGUUUGCUAUUAAGAAUAAUGCUUCUAUGAGUAUUUUUGUGCAAAUAGAUUCCCAUAUCCCUGCUACUGCUAUUGUAUCUUAAUGCAUGAGAUCUGUGUAAAUGCUAUUGGGCAUGGGACUGAAUUUUUAUGGUUCCAAGAUAGAUUCAGGUCUUUUUUUUGGUUGGAAAAGUCCCCGACAUCAGCCUGAUGCAUCAUAUGCCAUCAUUGGCUCUUCUGCGGCCAUCUUCUGCUAUUGGUGGACCCACAGUUACUCUCAUAGCUACCAGUCCUUCUUUUGCCAAGCUAUAUUAUUCAUUCAUUUGUUUCAUUCUGUCAUUUUCUCCCCACUGUGACUUCUAUAUUUCUUGUACUAGAAAAACUCAUUAAGAUGACAUUGUCACGCUGAUUUUUUCAGUGUCUUAAAAAGCUGACUUGCUAGAUAGCAACAAACAUAAUCGUUUUCAUGUACAAAUGAAGAGAAAAAGAGGGGCUUAGGGCCGUCUCUGACCCCUCCGGUGGUGACCAGACUGCCUAUCUCUUGACCCUAAGCCUUUCCAGAAGGUAUCACGAAUAGCCACCAGCACCAGAGCUCUGCGUCCGUCUUGCCUUCCCCUUUUGCUCAGGCCUCUUGAGUCCUCAGCUUCUUUCUGAUGCGAUGGCGCUCCCUCUGGCUUUACUGCCUCACCUGCCCCUUUCCCCGGAGAUCCUCUAAGCCUUACCAUAUGCUGUGCCUCGAUUCCCUAAAUCCGCCGGCCCCACCCUCUCAACUACCUAGAUGAAGGUCUGUCGUGUGGGACCUGCUGGCCUUGCCCUCUGCCCCGCUGCUGCACCCGCCUGCUCUGCACCUGAACCAUCUUUGAUGUGCUAAGAGUGUGAGCUCUUCAGGAGCAGGAUAGGUCUUGAUUUUUCUAUUUGUAUCCCCAGUGCUAGCCUAAUGCUUGGUGUAUUGUGAGCACUUACUCGAUGUUUAUUUAUAACCGUGAAUCUUUUUAAAAGAUGAAUUCUGAACUUAAACACCAGUUAAAAGCUAGCAUUUCCAUAUUCAUAAUAGAACAGAAACAAGAUUUCAUAUGAAACUGAAUCUCAAUUAUUUUGGCUUGUGUUUGUUUGUAACUAUAUAAUAAAUUAAAAUAUAACUUUCAAAGUUG